GCCAAAGCAAAACUGUCUGUUCGGUCCCACUUCAAUCAUUAUUUAAACCGUUUUAGGAAGAGAGACAAUGGUGUGAGUGUAUGUUUGAGAGGGAGAGACAGACAGAGAGAGAAAGAGAGAGCUUUGAUUUAGGAUCUCUCCUCCCUCUUUGCAUUUACACAAGACUGUUGGAGAGAGAAAGAGAGACAGAAAGAAAGGGAGAGAGCAAGUAAAAGAGAAAGGAAGAGAAAGGGAGUGAGAGAAAGUGAGAGGGAGGGAGAGAGAGAGGAAGAGAGUGAGAGAGAGAGAGAGAGAUAGAGAGAGAGAGAGAGAGAGAGAGAGAGAGAGAGGGAGAGAGUGAGAGAGAGUGAAAGAGAGAGAGAGAUCAGAAAUGACAGUACGGAGAGAGGGGGAGUGAACAAACCCGUGGAGUAUCUGAGAGACGGCAUAGGGAGGAAGAAUACAUAAGAGAGAGGGACGCUGUGGAGACUUGGGGAGUUCCAGAAGAGAGAGAGAGACUUGAGGACGAGCGAUCAGAUAAGCCCACCAGGACCAGUCUGCUUUACUCCCUACAUUUCUCCCUGCUCUCUUAGAAAACCCACAGACACACACACCUGAACCCACAGACCGAUCUACUCCAGCACAGGUGAGAGCAAGUGUGCGUGCGUGUGUACUCUGCACUUGCUCCCUUUGCGAAGUGUGUGCGCGCAGUUAUCCGGAGCUGGAAGUGUCGGAGAGCGUGUGUUCAGAGAAGACCAUGAGUCGGCUGGGGACUGUGCUGCUGCUGCUGGCUCACAUGGACUCCACCCUGACGGGGGCAUGGAGAGCCUACCAGCCCAGGCUCCAGUUCACACACUCAGAGCUGGUCCAGAAUGGUCGACUGCUGACUCUGCCCCUGGUGGCUGGAGACCUGCACUCCCUGCUGCCGGAUGAAGAUGGCCGCCGCCUCUAUGUGGCCAUGAAGGACAACCUGCUGUCCACCAGCCUGGAUGACAUCACACAGAACCCUCGCAAGCUCUACUGGCCCGCCAGUUCAGAGCGUGUUGAAGAGUGUCUGAUGGCUGGGAAGGAUCGGGAGUUGGAGUGUGCUAACUUUCUGCGAGUGCUGCAGCCCUACAACCAGACCCACCUGUAUGUGUGUGGCACUGGAGCCUUCAACCCUCGCUGUGCCUUCAUCCCCACCAGCCUCUUCCUCACGUCUGAUCGGCAAACGUUGUCGUCUGGACAGACAGAGAGUGGCAAGGGGAAAUGUCCCUACGACCCACACCAGAGAGCUGCCUCUGCAAUUGUUGAUGGAGAGCUGUACGCCGGGAUAUCGUCAGACUUCAUGAGUCGAGACUCGGCCUUCUUCCGCAGCCUGGGCUCUCGCCACGUCAUCCGCACCGAGCAGUACGACUCCACCUGGCUGCAGGAUGCCCAAUUUGUGGCGGUGGCCCCCAUGUCAGAGACAGAUAACCCCGAGGACGAUAAGGUCUACGUCUUCUUCACUGAGCGCGCUCAGGAGGCAGAGGGGGCUGCUGGGAAGGUGCUGUACUCCAGAGUGGCGCGUGUCUGCAAGAACGACAUUGGGGGCCAGCGGAGCCUGGUGAACAAAUGGAGCACAUUCCAGAAGGCCCGCAUGGUCUGCUCCAUCCCCGGGCCUGACGGCAUCCACACACACUUCCACCAGCUACAGGACAUCUUCAUCUUGCAGGGGAAAGACCAGAAGAACCCUCUGAUCUAUGGCCUCUUCACCACCUCCAGCGAUGUUCUGAAUGGCUCUGCGGUGUGUGUGUACCGCAUGCAAGAUGUGGUGCGCGCCUUCAAAGGAAGCUUCUACCACAAGGAGGGGCCACAGUACAAGUGGGCAGAGUUCACCGGCAAAGUGCCAUACCCACGACCUGGCACUUGUCCUAGCAGCACCUACGGUAGCUACCACUCCACUCGGGAGUACCCUGAUGAUGUCAUCUUCUUCAGCCGCACCCACCCCCUGCUGCAGGAGGCCGUGCUGCCCCUGGGGGGGCGCCCCCUGCUGGUGCGGGUGGGGGUGCACUAUAAGUUCAGCAGGCUGCUGGUGGACCGAGUGGAGGCUGUGGAUGGACAGUACGAUGUCCUGUUCAUCGGCACAGACAGUGGCCUGGUGCUGAAGUCCAUCCAUUUGCCCAUAGAGCAGGGCCCCACCCAGGAGGUCACCCUGGAACAGCUGCAGGUCUUUCAGCACAAGUCACCGGUGACUGCUAUGACCCUGUCUAAGAAAAAGCAGUGGCUGUUUGUGGGUUCAGCAGAGGGUGUGGCCCAGCUUGCUCUGUUCCAGUGUGAGCUGUACGGCCAGGCCUGUGCAGAGUGCUGCCUGGCCAGGGACCCAUACUGCACCUGGGACGGACACGCCUGCAGCCCAUUCAUGCCCGUUGCACGCAGGAGGAACGCCCGUCAGGUUGGAGAGGAUCAAAACCCUUUGACCCAGUGUGUCCGACAAGGGGCUGGCCUGCAGGUGAAGGCUGAGCAGAGGAGGAUGGUGGUUGCCGAGGGUAACAGCACGUACCUGGAGUGCCUCCCCAAGUCCAAGCAUGCAGUUGUCACCUGGUUCAAGGAGCCUGGAGAGAACAGCCCAGAGCUGCAGCAGGUGGUGUCAGGUGAUCUGCUGGUGGUCGUGGAUCGAGGCAUUUUGAUUCGCCGAGCUGAGCCCAGUCACUCGGGAGUGUACCACUGUCAGCUGGAGGAACACGGCUUCCACUGGACUGCCGUCACCGUGAGGCUGUCUGUCUGGAGCACCGCCCCCCACACCGCCACUUCCUGGUCCCUCACCAAUCCCAGCACGGGGUCUCCCCCAGGCUCCGCCCAGCCCUGGUACCAGGAUGUGAUGGCGCUGAUCCACCCCAGCAGCAUGGAGCAGCACUGCCUGUCGCUAGGUUACCGUCGUCCACGCCACCGUCACCCCAACCGCGAGCACAGCCCGGACGCGGAUCCCCAGAAGGGGGAGGGGCCCCGAGGAGAGAGGCAUAAGCAUGGAGGAAGAGGAGGAGGAGGAGGAGGAAGAGGGAGGAAAAGCAGGAGCAAGCCACAGCAGAGGUCACCUCGGAGUGCGUAGAUGCAACACUCUCAUCAUCACCAUCACCCUCACUCUGCAGGACACUCCGGAAUCCCAAUCUAUCAAGACGAGCAUUCACAACAGCACAUGUAUGUAAAUAUUUACAAGGCACACACACACACACACACAUGCAGAGAGAGGAAACGGAGGGAGCUCUGUACAUAGGACUGACCGGCGGGCUAGACACCGCCGAUAAACAAACUUGUCGAUGUGAACACUGAUGACGGAGCGCUGCAUGUCAGAUGAAGGAAGCAUGUCGCUGAGUCAUGGACCUGAGGAGAGGCUGGAGGGUGCUGGAGAGGCCAAGAGACGGGCCUACCAUGUACAGGGGGGCUGAGGCUUCGAUGAGGGUAGCUGAAAAACGAAAGCCCGGGUGUUUUCCCAUGGACACUGAUGAGACUGACUUGUAUAGAGUUGUACAGUUGUAAGAGCCUGCCUGUUGAAGCAAACUCAAGCGCACUGGCCGGAGGAGAGACAGAGAAGGGGUGGAAAGGACUCAGGCAUGCAAGAGAAGGAGACUGCAUACAGUGUCCUCAGGGCACAAGCGUGUGACUUGUUUGCAAGGUGACCAAAAAAAAAGGACCAAAAAAAAAGAAAAACACUUUUCCCCAUAUUUAACGCUGUUAGUCAUAUUUAUUUCUUAAUUGGGGGACAAUGUGUCGUUUCAGUCGUUGCAUGAGGUCAGUGUGUUUGGUGGAGGUGAACUCUGAGGUGUUCCUUGAGCUCUGAGACCAGACUUGACUUCUCACAACUAAGAGGCUCCUUUGAUUCUGGGUGUGUUUGACAUUAGUGGAGGACAGGAACGUUCAGAUGAGAGGGCACAGGCUGUAUCUCUGCCAAACAGGGCUGCAGCAAAGCAUAGAUUGAGCUACGGCACUUUUUCAAGUUGUCGAAAAAUAAACUUUGGUUUGGAGUUCAAGUUCUGAGGCAACUGUGGAGUCUGGAAGGAUGCCCUGAGAAAAAAAAGAAAAUCUAGCCGUUUGGGCCACAUGAAAGGGGCAACCAGUACUGAGCUCGUUCCUGGUGUAUGUGUGUGCUGGCAAGCAUGUGUGUGUGUGCAUGUGUGCGUGAGUCCUUGUAUGUGUGUGUGUAUGAGUGUAUGUGUGUGUUUGUAUAUAGUAUAUGUGUGCGUGUAUAUGUGUGUGUGUCCAUGUGUGCUUGCGUCCAUAUAUACGUGUGUGCGAGUGUAAGUGUGUUGUGAGUGCUUUCACUAUGUGUGUAGAUGUGUGUAUGUGUGUGUGUGUGUGUGUGUGUGUGUGUGUGUGUGUGUGUGUAGGUGUGUACGUGUGUAUGUGUAUGUGCAUGUGUGUAUGUGUGAGUAAGCGAGGUCCCAACCACCACCAUAUGUAUGACGGAACUCAUAAAGGAUCUUUUAUGAUGAGACAUUUAAUGUUUAUUUUUUACUCAAAGACAUCUGUGGAUACUUGCCUCCUUCAUUAUGCACUAGCAUACAACAUAACUAUUUCAUGUUGUACUAUACAGUAACGUUUCUCUCCCUAUCCUUCUUUCAUGUGGCUUUCCAAAAUAAAGAUAUUUGCUUGAUGUCUGCUCAUUCCAGGAGGCAUGCAGUGUGAAUACAGAA